AUGGCCUCUUCCACUGAGCAGCCAUGGCAUGCAGCUUUCCCUGCUCCGACUAUGAAUGCAGAGAUCAUGCCCCAAAAGCGAGUGCACAUGAUCCUCUCCAUGCGUAUAGCUUCCAUGCUUAUCAUUGAUGUCCGCCGAACCGACUACGAAGGCGGAGCCAUACGCGGCAGUCUCAACAUUCCUGCCCAAGGUUUCUGGUGGAAUCGUGGAGCCCUGUACGAGCUGGCUUUUAAAGCUGACAUAGAGUGGGUCGUCUUUACUUGCGGCUCCAGCAACGGCYGUGGGCCGAGAUGUGCGGCCUGGUUCCUGGAGCACGUGAGGAAUACGGCCAAAGAUGAGAACAUGCAAGUUUGUGUAUUGGAAGGCGGGGUGAAAGGAUGGGUCAAGGCGGGUUUGGGCAAGGAGUUCAUGGAUGGAUUCAAGGAGGAAUACUGGACGGAAUUGUUCGCCGAGGACGACAAGGACAAAACAGCGCAUAGUGCAAAGCAGGAUAACACGAUGCAGCCUGCUAUUGCAUCCGCAUUGGGCGCCGGGGAUGUCACGAGGUGA